UUCUUUCAACCUCCUUUCCGGACCCGCAGUCCUCUUGCAACCCUCCAUCAUGGCAGCGAACGGCACAGCCGACAUUUUGAGCUCGGCCUAUCUUGCAGUGGAGUACGUAGACGCUGUGCUGCCAGAGAACCCCCUGCACCCCUCCCUGAAACACGCCUGGGGCUACAUGAUGGACAACUACACCAAGUUCCAGAUUGCUACAUGGGGAUCCCUCUUCGUUCACGAGUUUAUCUAUUUCCUCUUCUGUUUGCCCGGAUUUUUCUUCCAGUUUAUACCCUUUAUGCAGAAGUACAAGAUUCAGCAGGACAAGCCAGAGACAUGGGAGAAACAGUGGAGGUGUUUAAAGAUGCUGCUGUUCAAUCAUUUCUGCAUCCAGUUUCCUUUAAUUUGUGGAACAUACUACUUCACCGAAUACUUCAACAUCCCGUACGACUGGGACUCAAUGCCACGCUGGACUUCUCUUCUGGCUCGCUGCUUUGGCUGCGCUGUCAUCGAGGACACCUGGCAUUAUUUCCUCCAUCGCAUUCUACACCACAGACGGAUCUACAAAUACAUCCACAAAGUCCACCAUGAGUUCACUGCUCCGUUCGGCAUGCAGGCCGAGUACGCACAUCCCGCCGAGACCAUCAUCCUCGGCGCUGGGUUCUUCAUCGGAAUCAUGAUCUUCUGUAAUCACAUGUUCUUCCUUUGGACCUGGGUGGCUUUCCGUCUGCUGGAGACUAUUGAUGUGCACAGCGGUUACGACAUCCCUCUGAACCCCCUCCACUUGAUCCCUUUCUACGCCGGCGCCCGUUUCCAUGACUUCCACCACAUGAACUUCGUCGGGAACUACGCCUCCACCUUCACCUGGUGGGAUAAACUUCUGAACACUGACAGCCAGUACAACAAGUACACGCAGAAAGAAGGAGAGAAGAAGGAGCAGUAAACCUGCUGAGCUUCUCCACACAGACAUUCACAGGUUCCUCAGAACCAGAGAGGAAAAAUCAGCACUGCUAAAUGACUGUAAAGGUGAACCCAAAUAUAAACCUGAACUUCUGAGAUCUGGUUCUGAAUCAAACAGCAUAUUUGACUUCAGUUUUCUUUCUGUGCCUUAAUAAAUAUAUAUAUAUACAUAUAUAUAUUUUCUCAGCAGCUAUUUGCUGGAUAAAAAACAUCGUUGCUUUUGUGCUUUGCUUGUCUUCAAUUGAAAAAAAAAAACAUUAUUGCAACCUAUCACUUUUGUUGUGAAAUGCUCGUUAACCUCUGAAUGUUUCAGCACUUUAUCACUUCCCCCUAAGUUGGUCUGAAUCAAAAUGAGYAUCUUCCAUUUUACAGCCUAGUCAAAUUGACAUUUACCUCUUCCACUUUCAAUUUUUUAUGGUUAUUAAAAUAAUCAGAUGUUCCUUAAUAUGUACAACAAAAACAGGUUUCUUUCUUCUAUAUUUGUUAUAUAAAAUAAAAACGUGACAUAAAAACUUUGC